CGUCGCCAGCGCUCGCCAUUUCGUUCCAACUGCAGAAGGGAACACGUGAGGUUCUCCGAGACUUCAAGACACCACAAAACCAGUGAUAACGAAUAUACCCAUAUACUCAUAUCUCAACAGGAAAGAAAUAAGAGAAGCUUCCAAUUGCCAGUAUAUCUGCCGGAAAGAAGAAAAAUAAAUCCUUUUCCAUGUUGAACAACACCACACAACUUUCAUUCAGAACUUACGUGAAUAGUGCAGUGGGGAUAUCUGCUAUUGCCUGCAGACGGAGUAACAGGUGGCUUUCCAUUUCCAGAGACAACAUAUAAGAGGUAGUGUAAACAGCAAGCGACAUGGCACCCUCGGAAAACUCAUAUUACGUCCGCUCCUGCCUGCUCGCCGCCAUUACAAUAGUCAGCGUGGAGAGUCAGGUGUAUCAACCGUUUCCUGUUGAAUGGACAAUUCCAGGCAUGGAGAAUCACCUUGGGUUGGAAGCCAUGAUGAGCCUGCGGUUCUUCACGCCCCCUGUGCUGAAGUACCACCCUCCGCCCUCUGGGUUCCUGAAGCCCCACGAGGUUGCACAAGGACGCAGGCAGCUGAGGGGGCGUCUAGAAAUGGAGCGUCCUCUACCGUCCAUCUCCAGCCUGCGGGAUUUCAGCCGUGGCGAACACAUGGCCGCUACGAGAAAAACGCUGACCAGUGAAAUCACACCGGAUAUUAAAGAGUAACCACUAUGUAAAUAA